AUGUUCCCUACUCGUGCUCUGAGGAUGCAGGCCUCUCGGCCUUUUGCUUUCCCUACUCCUAAGGAGAACCAGAGUGCUCACACCAUCUCUCAGCGUCUGCGGACCCUGAAGAGAGUUCCCCCCGAACUGAUUCCCCUCGGUAUUGUCCUUGGUGUUGCCGUCGGAGCUGCUAUCUACUCUAGCACCCGCAAGCUCAUGACCGACAAGACUCUGCGUCUCUACCGCAAUAAGCCCGAGGACCGCGAACACUAA